AUGGCCGACAGGGUUGCCGAUGCUCUCGGCGCGGCGGCGCCAGCGGCCGAGGAUCCCCCAGAGGCGCUUGCCGACGGCGGCGCACAGCCUGCGCGCCCCCCGCAGAAGCUCAAGCCGUAUCAGGCCACCAUCACGUAUUGGAAGUUGUGCGAAAAGGUGGCCGAAGAGAUGAACCACGACGUGUACGCCCAGAAUGGCGCUUGUCGG